ACAACAACUCAUUCACAUCCCCUCUCUCUCUCUCUCUCUCUUUUCGAUCGGAAGCUCACAUUCUCAUACUCCAUUGUCGACCUCCGCGAAGAAACCCUAACCCUAGCCCUAGAAUCCACCCCACCGCCUCCCUCGCGCGAUCUCUCUUCUCCACCUCGACUGCGUACGAGAUUUGGUAGAUCCGUGGAAGAUCUCGAGUUUUGGUAGCAUUUUUUGGGAUUUUUUUUUUUGUUGGUUUGAUCUCGUCGUUUUGAUUCGUCGUGCGUCGAAUGCGAGGGUUUCGGAGGGGGGAGGGGGGGAUGAGAAGGCGACGGGGACGAUGAGUGGGGGGUCGGUGGGUCUCCGCUCCGCGAGUUAUGGGUCGCUGCAGCAAAUGGCGCACAACAAUAGCAACGGCUCCGCCGCCGAGUUGCCGAUCCCCUCCCCGUCUCCGCCUCUCGCCGCGCGGAGCAAGCCCUCGAAGACGCUCCUCUCGGGAUCGAGGGAGAAGGAGAGGUUUCUUCAGUGGAUCUGUAAGAUCGUGUGCCGGCGCAAGGUCGGGAUGCUCCUCUUGCUCGCCGUCUCCGCCGCGGUGCUUUGCUCGUUGUUCUCCAUCCUCAAAGAUGAGGAUGCACCAACGGCUAUUGAGACUAACUUGGGUUUCUCAACUCGUGUCCGAAGCUUUGUAAAUCCCACCAGGAACUCGGUAAGGAAUUCAAGGCCUUCCUUGAUCCCUGUAGAAACCAACAGGGUGAAUAGAAAAUUACCUGCUGACCAACUCCCUGCUGCUACUCACAAUCAAAUCCAGCGUCCUCCAAUUCUUCCUCCGAGUGCAAAUUUUACACGCCAUCCUUGUGAAAAUUUCUCAUUUCCUCCUCCACCACCUGAUAGGAGGCGCAUUGGGCCACGCCCAUGUCCUGUUUGUUAUGUUUCUGUGGAGGAGGCAAUUGCACGCAUGCCACCGUUGCCAUCAGAAUCACCUGUACUUAAGAAAUUGAAUUAUGUUUCUGAUGAUACCUCCGUUCCAACUGAGUCAAAUCGAGGUUCAGAAUUUGGAGGGUAUAUUUCUCUGGAGCAGAGGAGCAAUUAUUUUGACAUAGUGGAAUCGAUGACUGUGCACUGCGGAUUUGUAAAAGGGAAGAAACCUGGUCAAGGGACCGGAUUUGACAUUGAUGCAGAUGCCCUUUUUGAGAUGGAGCAAUGCCAUGGCGUGGUCGUAGCUACUGCUAUUUUUGGAAACUAUGACAUAAUGCAACAGCCAAAGAACAUCAGUGAAUAUUCAAAGAAGGAGGUAUGCUUUUAUAUGUUUGUGGAUGAGGAAACAGAAGCCUACAUAAAGAAUUCUAGUCUUCUGGACAGCAGUAACAGAGCUGGGCUAUGGAGACUGAUUCUAGUACGCAACCUCCCUUUUGCAGAUCCAAGGCGGAAUGGAAAGGUACCAAAACUUUUGCUCCAAAGACUUUUUCCCAAUGCCAGGUAUUCUCUUUGGAUUGAUGGAAAGCUUGAGCUUAUUGUGGACCCCUUUCAAAUUCUUGAGAGAUUCCUAUGGAGGAAGAAAGCCACAUUCGCAAUAUCUAGACACUAUAGACGCUUCGAUGUUUUUGAAGAGGCAGAGGCCAAUAAAGCAGCAGGAAAGUAUGAGAAUGCAUCAAUCGAUUACCAAAUUGAGUUUUACAAGAGCGAGGGUUUAACUCAUUAUUCUCCUGCCAAGCUUCCUAUAACAAGCGAUGUUCCUGAAGGUUGUGUGAUCAUUAGAGAGCAUACCCCCAUUACCGAUCUCUUCACAUGUCUCUGGUUCAAUGAAGUUGAUCGUUUUACCUCCAGAGAUCAACUCAGUUUCAGCACCGUGAGGGAUAAAAUAAGGUCGAAAGUGAAUUGGACUGUAGACAUGUUUAUGGACUGUGAACGACGCAACUUUGUUGUUCAGUCAUAUCACAAAGACUUGCUAGAGCAAAGAAAGGCCUCAUUAAGUAAUCAACUGCCCCUGGCUAUUCGUCACGAAUUACCUCCGAAAGUGAUUCAGAGCAUUCCCGCAGAUGAUGGGCUUUCAAGAAGCCAGCCAGCAAAGCCACCUCCUCCAGCGAAGGUGCCAAUGAGGCGUGGGAAAAGACGGCAUCACCCUCGGGCUACCACUGGAAAGGAUAGCAGUUCAGUCUGAUUCUUCUUUUCUCAUUUUGUUUUCGGUAAUUCUUUUAGAACCCAGAUCCCUAUGGGCCAUACUCAUUGUUGAGGCCGCAUUUUUGCUCCGUUUGUAGAGUGCAGAGGCUUCGCUUUUUCCUGUUCGUCAAAAAGUUUUGUUAACAGUUUUCAUAGCUAUUCAUUGUUACUGUAAAUAAUCAACUAUAAAUAAAGCAGCUUUGGAGUUGUUGUUGCUUUCCA